CUACUCAAAUUUCAUAGCUUUUACCAGAAGGUACCCACAAAAGACGGGCCCCUAAAUAAUACCCCGCUCAUGAAGGUUCUUUAAAAUGUAUACAUUUUGAAUGUCCUGAACCAAAAACCAUCUAGACAAAAGCCUUCCUUUCAUCAACUUCAAAACCACCCACAAACCUUUUCUGUAUGCGUGUUUGAUACAAGAUGGCUGCUCGAAGGCGUGGUAGAGACCUGCUCGGUCCUCUUUUGGCGGUCAACUUGGUGGUGUAUCUUGUAGUUCUUGGACUGGCUGGAUGGUCCAUCGACAAAUACAUCGAUGGUCAACAGAAUCACCCCCAUUUGGGUGGGAAUCCUGCAACGAGUUUUAUGUUGUUCUUCGCUUUGUUAGCGGGGGUGGUGGGGGCUUGUUCUGUUUUUCAUGGGCUUGCGCACCUUCGGGCUUGGCGGAGUGAUAGUCUGGCUGCAGCAGGCUCUCUAGCAGCUAUCUCCUGGGCUAUUACUGCUCUUGCUUUUGGUCUGGCAUGCAAGGAAAUCAUUUUGGGAGGACACAGAGGAAAUCGCCUGAAAACAUUGGAGCUCUUUCUAUUCAUAUCGCUGCUGAUUCAGUUGCUGUACGUGGGGCUUCUGCAUGCUGGGGUUUUUAACAGUACAUAUGGACCAGGUUAUCGUAGAGACGGCAAUGGCCAUGGUGGUGGCAUUGCCAUGGGUCAUGAACCCCAGAAGACAGACACUCCUGAAACCUGAAACUUCUCGCACGCACAUUCUGAAACCGGAAAGAACCACUUGUGGGGUACCAACAAUUGCUGCCAAAAGGUUUCCCAACGAGGAGUACAAGAAAAAAAGGGGUACCAAAAGAAACAAACAACAUUAAGCCAAAAGCUUGGCAAUUUUAUCUCAUCAAAUUGUUCUUUCUUUAUUGGUUUGUUGAUAAGUUUUUGAGUGACUUAUUCUGUUUCUAAA